GACCAUAGACAUAGAUUGGGACUAGUGUCCGAGACCGAAUACUGAAAUAUAAUUUGUCUGAACAUAGCCACAAACAAGUGACGUUAAUGAAUAAACAACGAUUUUCCAGCAACAAAGGUUCGCGUUUAAUUCUGUUUGUUCAAUUUUUCGUACAAAGAAGCUAAACGAACAUCUGCAAAGAAAACCGAGUUCGCUUACCUGAAUCCUGAAUCCUGAAUCCGUAAACAUAACGCAGAAAUGGCGGCCGCUGAGCAAGUGGGUCUAAACAAAACGUGGGAAUUGUCCCUUUACGAGUUGCAUAGAACACCACAGGACACGAUUACGGAUAAUACCGAGAUUGCUGUCAGCCCGAGGAGCUUGCACAGCGAGCUUAUGUGUCCGAUAUGUCUGGACAUGCUGAAGAAGACGAUGACCACCAAGGAGUGUCUUCACCGUUUUUGCUCCGACUGCAUCAUCACGGCGCUCAGGAGCGGAAACAAGGAAUGUCCGACCUGCCGGAAAAAGCUGGUUUCCAAAAGGUCGCUGAGACCGGAUCCCAACUUCGACCUCCUUAUAUCAAAGAUAUACCCAAGUCGUGACGAGUACGAGGCUCACCAGGAACGUGUUCUAGCUAAACUGAACAAAUCUCACUCUCAGGCGGCUCUGGUCAAUUCCAUAACAGAGGGAAUUAAGCUUCAAAGCCAGAACAGGCCGCAAAGGUCUCGGAAGAAUGCUAACGAGCCUGAAAAUGCCAACGGUACGGCCUCUUAUAGCGCUGGGAACACCAGUGGACGGACAACUCCCAAUCCAACUGCAAACCUGGCUAAUCAAAGUGACUCGUCGCAAGGGCCAAUAGGAAUUCCGAACAACAGCACGUUGAUGGUUAACAUAAUUACCAAUAGUCAGAAUCAGCAGAAUUCUACCAACAGUGUCUCCCAGCCUGCGAGCAGCCCUGCAGUGUCGGGCACGACGUCCCGAAAUUCAACCACGCCUUCUCCAAAGCCUGCAAAGCGGCAGAAAAGUCAGCAGAAUUCCGAAAACGAUUCUGCAGGGUCCAGUGUCGAGGCUGAGACUGGCGGAGGAGAAUCUAUGGUCGAUACGGAGGGGGAAGGACCUGGGGAACCACUUAUGCUGAACGAAAUUGAACUCGUUUUCAAACCACAUCCAACGGAAAUGGCUGAGGAUAAUUCAUUGAUUAAAGCAUUGAAGGAGAACAGCAUUCGAUACAUAAAAACGACAGCUAAUGCAACAGUUGACCAUCUGAGCAAAUAUCUCGCCACUCGACUAACGCUCGAUUUGGACACAGAACUGUCAGAGUCCCACCGACACUUGAAUUUCUGCAUAUACAUAGCUCCGUCUCCCGGCCAGCUGGUCGUUCUCAGUGGUUCUCAAACGUUGCGACAAGUCAAUGACAAGUUUUGGCGAGUUAAUCGACCUCUGGAAAUGUAUUAUUCAUGGAAAAGAACCUAAGACAUAGAUUAUCGUUUUCCCCUGCAAUUUGUGCGAGUAUCGCGGAAAAUUAAAGUGGUGAUCAUUGCUAGAGCAGUUUAAGGAAGAUUCACAACCGACUCGUCAAAGCUGCAGCUGCUAAGAAAGUUGCAGUGGCUCACUAAUCGUCACCCCAAUGUUUAACUUGUCUGUCUGCAAUUGGAUCACCAGACGCGUUCUUACGCGUUGGCGUCGCCGAAUCGGAGUACAACAUAUAUUUAUACGUAAUUUUUAAGGCAGCGUCGUCAUGCAAAGGAACUCGCCGAUGAUUUUUUCCGACUCUCUGUGUAAAUACCCGCGUCUUACGAUUGGACAUUAGCGGAUCUAGGUGAAAGGAUCAGGGUCCAGCGACACUCGUUUCACGGAAUAGGUAACGAGUGACAAGAUAUGAUACAGAUGGUAAAGAUCAUUUAUUACGGUAAUGUGCAAAAUAAAUAUAGGCCUACAUAGGUAUUUUUACCAUUUCGAGAUGGUGCAGGUAUCCUACCUUCUUCUCUUUUCUCGCUUCUUAAAAAUCUUCUAUAUCCAUUUCUACACGAUGGAAUUAGUAUCAUGGUUAUGAAGUACUUCCAAAUGAACUCCUGUCUAGCCAGGGUGUCCAUAAAAAGAUGAAUAAAGUUUUACUAUCGGGCAACAACAGUUUUCAAGAUCUCUGAGGAAUCUGUAUAUCGGUUUUUUAAUAUUGAAAAGUACCUUUUAUAACCAUGCUGUUUAACAAAUAAGUGAUUAUCCUUAGAUAUUAAUUUCUAUCGAUAUUUAACCGAACAAGAAUGAAUUGUAACAUAAAUAUUUUACGUACCUUGAAAAGGAACUAGGUAAAACUGUGUUAAUAAAAACAUCAUGUAAAUAGUACGCAUCGUUGAAAAUUUAGAACGUGAGUACCGAGAUCUGUAAGAAAAGAAAAAAACACAACAAUCGUCAAUGAAAU